CCUGGCGGACACUCCGCGACAUCCUCUGCGCCGGCCACGCGCCUUGCCAAGGGGCGAGGACGCGCACGCUGGUGGUCCCCGUCUAUGCCACUCUAUUUACCUUAAAAAUAUAUAUUUUAUGCUAGUCAUUAUGUUAAAAAACAUUCACGGGCGACUAAUUCAAUUUUCUUCGAAUUCAUUUUCAAAUUAAAGGCUUACUUAUGCUUUGCGAACGUCGUGUGACGUCAUCCUGUUGAACGAAUAGUUUGUUGACCUAUACAGAUAGCAGAUGCUCUAUAUAUUUUUUUUUAUAAAUUACAAUAUAUAUUUGGUGUCACGCAUUGAAUUUUAACACAUUACUUGGUAUCUUUUCUCUGCGUCCUAUUUUAUCUUUGUGUGUCAUAUUUUAUUUGAUCAUAAACUAUAACAUCUAACACGGGUGCAAUUUGCUCAACAUUAUUUUUUAGUCAUUAUUUUACUCUCAUACGUGCAACCUUAGGAGACACACAUUGUGCCCAUUGGCAAGGCUGUAACCAUGGCAACAUAAGCAUCAUCUUUUCCGAGGCCGCAAUUACAGCUUGUCACUCCCAAAGUCGAUUACAGUGAUAUAAGAUAACCAUCUCUGUUCAUCUCCACGGGGGACGGAAAAAGGCCCGAGGAGCUACUCAAGCCCAAAUGGGCUUUCUUUGGAUGUUUUGAAAAGAUUGUGAUAAAGGUGCAAAGUCUGUUGUAAGCCUCCAGACGUGUACUCGACAUACUCGGCCGGUGCCCGCUGUAGCGUGACCUCCCUCUCCAUUCAGGAAUGGUGACGAUAAUCAGCUUGGUCGAAAUGUUUGUUCUGGCUCGGUUCCGCCCUUUUAAACCCGACGAAUAAGUACAAUAUGAGCUUCUGCUCGGCUCCAUCACGGCUCUCGAAAAGUUCUGCCGUUAAAGGACCCUCAUGGUAGCGUCUUACAACAAGGCCGCAGAGUCAUCAAUGGCCAUUUUUUUUUCUUUCUAAUGUGCCCUAAAUAGCCGCAACUGUCGCACUCUCUCUGGGUGGUCACCAUGGCAACGGCAGAUGGAUCUUCUUCCUUUUAGUGCCGAAAGUGAGUGCGUGGAUGCGCGAGGGGUUUUAUUAUCGUCAUUGUGUUUAAUAGCCGAAGUAGGACGGCAAAGUCGUCAGCCGAGCUCGGACCUCCGCCAAGGUCGUUAACUGAAGCUUGGAAGAGAAAUCCCGACUUGGCGCAAAUUUGCUUAAUGAAAAUAUUUUUUUUCUCACUUUCUCCUCACCGCAUUUGGACUUUGAUGAGGACCUUUUCUGAGCGUCUGCGCUGCUUUAAAUCUCAGCGCUUCCUGUGUGGGACGUCUGUUGGCCAUCUGUGGUUUGUCAGUCCACGCUGGAGGAAAGAUGGGACAGCUUGAUCGCUGACUGAUAAGGUCAAGCAGAAGCACCGAGUCGGCGGAGCAUCUUCUGCAUCAGACAGUGAUGGACGAGCAGCAGCAGCAGGUCGCCAUAUAACGCACAUCCUCCACCUCCUCCUCCCGGUCCUGAGGUGGCUCGUCUGCGAUCUCAUCCUGGUCCGGGUGGUCCUCCUUUUUCACUUGAUUCUAGACUGCCGCAUGAAGGCAAAGUGGGGGGAGGAGGGGGGAGCGAAUGGAUGGAAAGAUGCUCAAUGACUGAAUGAUCGGUGGCUUGUUUGCAGCAGGUUUGUCCUCCGCCAACCUCCACCAUGGAGUCCACUCACCUCCUGGGCAGCGGUAAGAAGCGGGUCAAGAUCCACCCCCACACGGUCACGGCCAAGUACGCCACGCAGAGCCCUUAUUCCCCUCAAGCCAGCAUCCACACGCACUUCCCCCAGCCCGGCGACGAGGGCUACGACGACGCGCCGUCCUUCGAGGACUUUGGCUCCUUCCUGGAGGAGACGUCGGACAGGAAGCGACUGACGGAAGCCAAGAGGUGGCUGCUCACUCUGUUUGGCUCCAAGGACAAGGCCGCCGCCCCGAGACCUCCGGGUGGCAAGAGCGGGGACGGCGGCGAAGCUGGACCCAGAGUGGCCAAAGGUCCCGGGAAGGGGGUGGAGGAACAACUGGCCAGUUUCGGGGAGGCCUCGGUGUCUGCGUCUCGGCUCACCUGGGUGGGGCUGCUCGGGGCGGCGCUGGCUAACGGCUGCACGGUGGUUCUGACCCGGGCGGCCUCGGAACACUUUGGCCUGGGCCCCCUCUUUCUUCUACUGGUUCGGUCCGUGGUACAGCUGUUGUCCGUGGCUGUGCCGCUGCACAAGGGGGAGAACCCUUUCGGACCGGAGGGCUACCGCCUCCGUCUGCUUUGUUACGGCGUGGCCUACUCGCUGUCCCUGUGCUGCGCUUACUCCUCGCUGACCUUCAGCUCCCAAGAAGACGUGGCCCCCGCCUGGCGGAUGGCCACCACGGUGUUGUCCGCCACGCUGGCCUUCCUGUUGCUGGAGGAGCGUCUGGGCUUGGCGGACGCCAUCACCCUGGCGGCCGGGCUGUGCGGCUUGGGGGUUCUGCUGCUUCCCGCUGCAGAUGAGAGCAAUUUUGAAUCCCAGACAGACCCCGUGGUAUUCUGGAGGGGCGCGUUUGGGUGGUCCCUGUCGGCGUUGGCCGGGCUGUGGAUGGCUCUGGCGCUGGUGGGGUACCGCUCCCUGAAGGAGAGGGUCAGCGUGGCCACCGCGCUGUUCACAGUGAGCUGGACGGGCUGCCUGCUGGCCCCGGCCACGGCGGUCCUGCUGCAGGAGGGCUGGUCCUGGCCGGCCAGCGCUCCCGGCUGGGGGCUGGUGGCGGCCUUGGCGGUCUGCUCGACCGCCGCCUUCCUCGGGGUGACGCACGGCCUCGCCCGCAUCCACCCGGCGCUGGUGUCGGCCAGCCAAAGUCUGGAGGCGCCCCUGGCCACGGUGGCCCAUCUGGUGAUGGCUCAGCUGGCCCCCGGCGCCCCCGAGGUGGUCGGGAACGCCAUGGUGAUCUUGAGCGUUGGCUGGUUGGUGACCGUCAAGCUGCUGCCCUCUCGCGGGGCCAGCCGACGUCACCGGGAGGAAUACGAGGAGAUUCUCGACUCGCCCAUUAAAUAAGACGCUUUGACCAGCACACACUCGCCACCGUGUCACUUGUAAAACUUUUUUUUACCUCCACCAAGCACAAAGUUAGAUUUAGGAGGUUGCGUGUUGAUUAUUCCUGCUUUGUAUUCACUGUUUGGCCUGAGUGGAGAUCAUUUGUGGUGUCUUUUUGGAAUUUUUAACUUUUUGGGGAAGGAUAAAAGAAAAAGUGCCAACGUGGUGUCUUCUGUUAAUGUGACAAUAAAAUCUCGCUGGUGAACAAA